AUGAAUCCAUAUACAAGAACAAGUCAAGAUAGUGCGUCGAUUGCUACUCCUUCAAGUCGACGAACGAGGAUUGAAGGAACUCCAGAUACUACUACUCAAAACGACACGCAAUACUAUACGGCCAGUCCUACUAACAGUCAGAACCCCGAUUCUCUUGCAGGAGCAAUUCACGACUCUGGCGGUUGGUCAGACGGAGAUAUCGCCGCAGUUGUUCUUGGUGUUAUCUUUUGCUUGAUCGUAAUAGCAUUGGCAGUAUGGUUCUUUAUCUAUAAAAAGCGCAGAAGCCCAACGAUCCAUCGAGUCACUCCCCCACAAACUCCAACUUCUAGCCCUUCGCCUCCAAGUUCACCAUUACCAACUCCUCCUAUUGCAGAGUUGAGCUCUCAGGGUGACCAAACGUCCAACAUUGCAAGUUCGUGGGUCAGUUAUGGCGAUCGUGUGCAUUCGCCAACACCUCAACCUGCGGUAGCAGAGGUGAAGAGCUUCACUCGUGCAUGGCAGAAGCCGCGGGUUUACACUGUUACUGGCGGACGUGUCGCAGAACUCCAAGGCUCAAAGCCUUCGACAAGGCUUGAUGAUGGCGGGGACGAUGGAUACUCAAAGGGAACCCACAAGACUAUGACCAACGCAGUGGGCAUCACGGAUGUUAAGAAGGCAACUUGGUUGUAG